AUGGCGCCGCCGAGCGAGGCCGCGAGCGGCUCGGAGGGCGGCUCGGAGGGCGGCGCGGCGCCGGCGGCCCGCGGGAUGCGUGCCGUCGCGUCGUCCUCGGCGCUCGCGGACGCCGACGCGGCCCCGUCGAACGCCACAGCCGAUACCCCGAAGUCGGACGUGCCCGCGAAGCUGCUCGCGAAGAGCCUGCGGACGUCGGCUUCGUCGCGGAACGUGAGCCGGCGGUCCGAAGUGGCGCCGCCGCCGGAGGCCGCGGACUCCCCGCGGACAUCCUCGCGCGACGCGGGGACGCCGGAGCCUGCGCCGAGCUCGCCGCAGGACCCGGUGGAGGCCGAGGGGGGGGGUGUUGCGGCGCGCGGGGAGGUGGCGCGGCGGCCGAGCUUGGAGGAGCUGGCGCUGCCGUCGCACUCGAUCGACGCGACGGUGACGCCGGUUCCGCAGGGCACGCCGGCGAAGGUGCGCAGGGAGGGGAGUGGUGUCCCGGCGUCGCCGGGGCUGGGGACGAUCCUGAGCGGUCCGGAGAGCCAGCGGGUGCGCGAGAGCAUCCGGAAGCUGUCCGCGGAGGUGAACGCGAUCCUGAAGCGGACGGCGCACGGCCGGGACGCGGCGGGGGGGGAGUCGGAGGGGUCGGCUGCGUCGGGGGGGGAGUCGGCGCGCCUGCUGACGAUGCUGUCGCAGACGCUGAACCAGGCGUCCGCGGCGCUCGAGGGCACGUGCACGUCCUCGAACCCCGCGACGCUCGAGUCGUCGCGCGCGGCCCCGGAAGGCCGCCGGCGGUCGGGGGCCGAGGACGCGGACGCCCCCACUGGCGGGUCCGACCCGUUCGCCACGGACGGCGACGAAACGGCGGCGGCGGCGUCGCUCGCGAGCGACCUGCGGACGCUCUACACCAUCAACCGCAUCGCGCAGGCCACGCCGCGGGAGAAGAUCCUAGCGGACGCCGCCUCUCUGGGUUUGACGGACGCGGAGCUCGACUCCCUGCUGAGUCAGGCGUACGAGGUGUCCGCGCAGGCGCUCAAGGAGUCCGAGCGGAUCGACAAGGUCCUCCUCGGCAGCAGCAGCGUCGCGGCGGUCGCGGCGCUGUCGGGGGACGGAGCGGACGACGACGGCGGCGCGGGCGCGCAGCGCCCGCCGCAGCCGCUCGCGUCGCACCCGCUCGUGACGCCGCCCGUCACGAGCGCCGCGCCGCUCGGCCUCACGCCGCCCGCCGGCGCGCCGAUGACGCCGGACGAGCAGGAGGCGGCUCUCGAGCUAGAGCUGGGUCUCGUUGGCACGGCGAACUCUCGCAUGGCGGCGCAGGCCUCCGCGGGGUCGAGCCAGCUGCAGUACGCGACGCCCGUGCAGCCGCACGCGCCGCACGGGGGCGCCGCGCCGCUCGUGCGGUCGUCGGGGUCCUAUUUGGCGCGGCACGCCGCGACGCCCGCGCAUGCGGAGCAGGGGGGUUACGCGCUGUCGGGGAGGAGCGGCGGGGCCGCGCCGGGGUCGGGGGACGCGGGGUAUGCGCGGCGGGGCCAGGGCGCGCACGGCGCUGCGCCGGCGGCGCAGCGGAGUUUGCGGUCGAUGGUGGCGGGGGGUCGUUCGGAGCAACGGCUCGGCGUGCGGGCGUCGCACGACGCGUCGUGGUCGGGGCGGAGCGGGGAGCGGCCGCGCGCGCGCACGCCGCAGCCGGGGCGUCCGCGGCCGGACUGGCAGGGGUCGACGCGCGUCGGGCCACAUCCCGGGGGGGGGUCGUCCGCCGCCGCGAAGGCGGCCUCGCCGGAGAAGGACUUGGAGGAGAUCGUGCGGCGCGUCGUGAUGCAGGUGGUCGGCAAGCGCGCGGGCGGCGGCGCGGGCGGCGGGACGGCGGCGGCGCAGGCCGAGACGGUGGACGGCGGUGGCGGCCGCCGCCGCCGCGGCCCGCGCGCUCACGCAGGCGCAGACGCAGCGCGCGCGCGGCAGGAAGGUUGCGUCGCAGGCGGCGCGCGCGCGGAUGGGGGCGCCGGAGCCCCCCGGGGGGGGUCCAGUAGCGCGGGGGAGUUGGGGGCCGUUUGA